AUGAUCAUCACCCAUCCUUCGCAUCACCAUCGUAGAUCCUGCCAGUGUAUUUGCAAGAUCUGCUCCAGGGAGACUAGCUAUGCCGCAUUGCUGCUUCAAGGUUCAAUUCAUGUGUACAACCGAAAGGUCAAGUAUCACUGUUCUUUGGUUGUUCAUGUUUUGGAGUUAAUCUCUCAACUAACUUUGAUUCUACAGGUGGUUUUUAUCUUCUUUGUAGUAUUGGUAGGGUCUUCUCCUUGA